AGAAGUGAGAGGGAGGGCAGAGAGUGGGAGAGCACUGUUUGAAAAAGAGGGAGAUAAAAUUAGGGGAGGGAGAAAGAAAGAAACUACAGGAGAGAGACUUCGCAAAGGAAGGGAGUGUAAGAAGAGGUUGACAGAGUGAAUGGAGGAGGGGAAGAAGAGUGGAUGAGUGUGGAAGAAGACCACCGAGAGUAAAGCCGGGAAGUUACAGGAGACAGUAGUUGAAACUGAGCUGAGAAAAGUGGAGGUGGGAGAGCACAGGACAAAAGACUCAUAGCUUUGAGUUUUCCAACUCCCCACCUCCAACACUGUAAGAGACUGAGUGCAGACCCUAACUGAGAAUGACAUCCCUACAUGCAAUCUGGAUAUGGCUCCUGCUGUCUAUUGUGCACAAAUCAAGUAUUGCCAAGUUCAGCCCAGAGGGCUGGCUACAGCAGUAUGGAUAUCUGCCUCCAGGAGACCUCCGUACACACACAUUGCGCUCCCCACAAUCAAUGACUGAAGCCAUCGCUGCUAUGCAGAAGUUCUAUGGACUGACUGUGACUGGCAAGGUGGAUAGCAACACAGAGAGGGCAAUGAGGAGGCCAAGAUGUGGUGUCCCAGAUAAGUUUGGGACCGAAAUUAAAGCAAAUUUGAGGCGAAAAAGAUAUGCUGUACAGGGACUAAAAUGGCAGCACAAAGACAUCACCUUCUGCAUACAGAAUUAUACACCCAAAGUGGGCGAAUAUGAGACACAUGAGGCUAUCCGGAGAGCAUUUGCUGUCUGGCAGAGUGUGACCCCACUACAGUUCCGUGAGGUUCGAUAUGUGGACAUUCAGGAUGGUUAUGCCAAGCAUGCUGACAUCAUGCUUUUCUUUGCUGAGGGUUUCCAUGGUGAUAGCACCCCUUUUGAUGGAGUCGGGGGCUUUCUGGCACAUGCAUACUUUCCUGGGCCUGGCAUUGGUGGAGACACUCACUUUGAUUCUGCAGAACCAUGGACAUCCAGGAAUGAUGAUCUAGAUGGUAAUGACCUAUUUCUAGUGGCCGUGCAUGAACUAGGCCAUGCAUUGGGUCUAGAACAUUCCCAUGAUCCAUCAGCUAUUAUGGCACCAUUCUAUCAGUGGAUGGACACUCAGAACUUUCAACUACCAGAAGAUGAUCGUAGAGGUAUCCAGCAGAUAUAUGGAAGUGGCCAUGGGGAAGGACCACCAACACGUGCACCUCGUCCCACACGUGCACCUCAUCCCACUCCACGUCACCGGCCAGAUAUUCCUGAUGAUCCCGAUGUACCACGUUAUGGACCAGAUAUUUGCCAAGGCAAUUUUGAUACCAUGGCUAUUUUGAGGGGAGAGAUGUUUAUCUUUAAGGAGCGCUGGUUCUGGCGUCUACAGAAUAACCGUGUAAUGGAUGGUUACCCACUGCCCAUUGGGCAAUUCUGGCAGGGACUUCCAAACUCUAUAAAUUCAGCAUAUGAAAGGAAAGAUGGCAAAUUUGUCUUCUUCAAAGGGGAUAAGCAUUGGUUGUUUGAUGAAGCCAUGCUCCAGCCUGGGUACCCUAAGACACUGAAAGAGUUGGGUCGAGGAUUACCAAGUGAUAGAAUCGAUGCUGCUAUCUACUGGAUGCCCAAUGGAAACACUUACUUCUUCAGAGGAAACAAGUACUAUCGGUUUAACGAGGAGAUGAGGGCUGUCGAUGCAGAUUACCCAAAACCUAUGAAAGUGUGGGAAGGAAUCCCUGAUUCUGUCCGAGGGGCAUUCAAUGGAAAAGAUGGAGCCUUCACCUAUUUCUACAAGGGCAACAAGUACUGGAAGUUUAAUAACCAGCAACUGAAGACAGAAUCUGGUUUCCCUAAGUCUUUUCUGCAGGACUUUGUGGGCUGCAGCACCGUCAGGCAACCUGAUGAUGCUGAUGAUGACACAGAAGUGGUAAUCAUCGAAGUGGAUGAAGCCAGUGGAGGAGUGAGCGUGGCAGCUGUUGUAAUACCUGUCCUCCUCUUACUUUGUGUCCUGUUCCUUGGACUGGCUGUUUUGAUCUUCAGGCAGUAUGGCACUCCUAAGAGGCUUCUAUACUGGCAGCGCUCCCUUCUGGACAAAGUGUGAGACCUCAUGGAUCUGCCCACCUCCCUCACACAGAUAUCAUGUGGAGCAGUAUCAAUCUCCUGGGGAGGGAGGAAGGGAGAGAGCCAGGUUACACCAUCUUUGCCGCUUGUUAUGUGGCACACAUCGCUACGUUUAACCCCUUCACAGAUUGGAGCCAUGUCUUCCAUAACGGUUGUUGCACUGGUACUUAUAUUAGUUUCUAUUGGUCAGACAGUGAUCUUGGUACAGCCACCACUUGCAAGAGUCAGAGCAGGGAUGGACACCCUCUAAAGCAUCAUAAAACAACUUUCUGAUAGUUGGCAUUGUUCACCCUUCCCAAACACCAUCACUACAUCUCAGAUGUAUAGGUCUGUCUGACAGGACUGAAUAUUCAGAAGUGCCAAACAUUAUUCCUGGAUGGGGUACAUGCAGGUGCAACUUGGGGAAGAGCAGCCUGUCUGACCAUGUGAGCUCUUGUCCACAUGCCAAAGCUUGUGGCGUCUGUGUCUUUACUGCCAAUAGCACAGUCAAUGUUAUGAAAUACCAAAAAUGGACAUUAACAAUCAAUAAGGAGAUUAUUUAUUCUUUUCAGUAGUUGUGUCACAGCUGUGUUGUGACCCACAAAUCUCCUCUUAAUAGACUAUGGUCACAAAUUAUAAAGGCUCAGUAUCAUUAGGGACCAAGGUGACCUACUUCAAGUUAAAUAAAAUUGUUUCCAUAGUAACCAAAGUUGUUUGUGAAGAAUACAUUGAUGUCUUGUCCCAUAGAAUAUAAAGUACUGUCCAUGAUACGUGACCUGGAGAAAAGUGAGAAAGUUAUGUGUAAUUUGCAGAGCAGGAAUCUGUAUCUGGAAAGAAAAGAAAGGACAAUUGUAAUGUCAGUAUCACCCAGCUUCCAAAGUGCCUUGAAAAGUGUCCUGUACCUCUGUAAACCCAUCCCGUUGUGUUCAGUGUUACCUCCUAUACCCUACACCAUCUUCUGUAUUCUUUGGAAUAUAGUAGAGAAAGUUUUAACUCUGAGCCCUCAGGGUUACCUGUUGGCAUCUGACUGGGAAGGAGCUAAUACAGUAGCUGCUCUUCUGGACUCUUUAGCCAAAAAUGGUUAGUCACUGUUCCGCAGGUCUUUGCAGAGAGAGUAUUGUUCAGGUUUUUCUUUUUAGAUGGAAGGGAUUGAACGGCUCUGAAGGAUUCUUUGCAGGUCUGAGGCAGAGGAAGGAUUGGGCUCUGCUCUCACCACGCCUCUGUCUUAGAAGGGGUUAAUAACUGCUCUGCAGGUCUCUGGCUGUGAUGGGGAUUAUCAUGGUUAUCAUGGUUCUUCAGGGCCCCUGUAGCUGGGAAGGAAACAAAUCACUGUUCUGCAAGGGGUUAGCCACAGCUCAGCAGGUUUCUGUCAAGUGAGGUUAAGAGGGGCAGAUCACAUGGUACGGUCAGUGGGGUGGUGGUCACGUUUUCUUGUUUACUGUCUUUCUCUUUCUCUUUGGUUUAUAUUAUUAUAAUUAUUAAUAUUUGAUAAUGAGGCAACUCCUGCUGGCCAGGCCGCUUUGCAUCUCCAACAUGUUCACAGCCUGAGGAAUCAAUGGAAUAAUUGAGUUCAUGUCCAACUUAUGUUCCACUGGUUCCUCAUGCAAAAAGUGGAUAACCCCUUCACCCCUCCAUCCCCAAAGUACAGAUCUUUAGUGUUAGAGUUUACACAAGGUCAUGGGUCCUAUGUCCUUCUAACCUAACGUUGUAUCAACUAGUAACCUCUUACUGUGCCUCGUGCAGGGCUGAACUGUGCAUCAGUCCUUUGGUUAGGCUAAUGUAGCUGAGGAGGGGGAUGCGGGCCCACCUUAUUGGUUUCAUUAAAGCUUUUUUCUUGUGGACGAAAUUUGUGUUUUUAGUUUGUUAUUUUUGUUUUGUUUUGUUUUUUUACCAUCUUUUGUAAAAAUCUCUUGAAAGCUAUUUGUUAUGAACCAAAGGUUUUGUAACAUUACAAAUAUAAAAAUACAAAAAAAGUGAUAAA